CAUGAAGAAGGAGGUGUGCUCUCUGGCCUUCCUCAAGGCCGUGUUCGCCGAGUUCCUGGCCACCCUCAUCUUCGUCUUCUUCGGCCUCGCCUCGGCCCUCAAGUGGCCCUCGGCGCUGCCCACCAUCCUGCAGAUCGCGCUAGCCUUCGGCCUGGCCAUUGGCACCCUGGCCCAGGCCCUGGGGCCGGUGAGCGGUGGCCACAUCAACCCUGCCAUCACGCUGGCCCUCCUAGUGGGCAACCAGAUCUCCCUGCUCCGGGCUGUCUUCUACGUGGUGGCCCAGCUGGUGGGCGCCAUUGCCGGAGCAGGCAUCCUGUAUGGGCUGGCACCUGGCAAUGCCCGGGGCAAUCUGGCCGUCAACUCGCUCAACAACAACACGACUCCGGGCCAGGCCGUGGUGGUGGAAAUGAUUCUGACCUUCCAGCUGGCGCUCUGCAUCUUCUCUUCCACUGACUCCCGCCGCACCAGUCCUGUGGGCUCCCCAGCCCUGUCCAUUGGCCUGUCUGUCACACUGGGCCACCUUGUGGGGAUCUACUUCACCGGCUGCUCCAUGAACCCAGCCCGCUCUUUCGGCCCCGCAGUCGUCAUGAAUCGAUUCAGCCCCUCGCACUGGGUCUUCUGGGUGGGGCCCAUCGUGGGGGCCGCCGUGGCUGCCAUCCUCUACUUCUACCUGCUCUUCCCCAACUCCCUGAGCCUCAGCGAGCGAGUGGCCGUCGUGAAGGGCACCUAUGAGUCCGAGGAGGAUUGGGAGGAGCAGCGGGAGGAGCGGAAGAAGACCAUGGAGCUGACGGCCCACUGACCAGCAUCCCCCGGGGGCCAGCCUCUCAGCCCCUGAACCGCAGGGGGAAGAAGGAAAACAGAUGACAGCGAAGCCUCC